AUGGACGCCAAGCGUUUUCGACCCGCCGGGGAUGAGAAUAUGCCCCCCUCGUCGCUGAAUAAUAACAAAACCCUUCACCAACGCAACAAAUCGACUCCCGCACUGAGCAUGUUGUCCCACACCAACGUUCCUCGACGUGCCUUUGGCGAUGUCAGCAACACCAAGGACAUGAACCGUGGUGCCCGUGACGACUCCGCACUCUGUGGAAAGUCGGUGGUCGUGACCGAGAGUAAAGCUGGACUAUCCCAGCCCGCUCAGCGUCCCACGUCUUUGUCAGGUGCCAGAACCAUCGUCGAUAAAGCCGCCAACACGAAGCCCAUGAACCCUGCCGGAAAAGCCCAAACUGCCUACAAGAAUACGAAGCGCAACAACGCCGUGUUCAAAGAUCAACUGCAAACUGUCCCCGAGACAGACUCAUCCAAGGAAACAAACAUUAAAACUGAAGCCAAAGUGAACAUGAAGGAACCUGAGCGUGGGGUCCAGCCAACAACUAUUGCCGUGGUACCCUCCAAGGCGGUUGUGAGCACCUCUGUUCAGAUCGAAUCAGAUGCCACAAUCUCCGAACCGGAGGACGUGAAGGAACAGCUGCGCGCCAAGGAGCCUGCAACGGUAUCGGAGACUGAGGAGUGGGAAGAGGAGGAGACUGAGUACCUGGUUGCCCCCACAGAAGCAACUACCACUACGAUCUAUCCCAGAAUGACCUCUAUGACCCAGGACCAGAUGUUCCAGGCCAAAGACAUUGUUCAAAGCGAAGAAACUGAAGAGGAUCGGGAGGAGGAUCUGCUGGAUCCAACUAUGGUGGCUGAGUACAACCCUGAGAUUUUCCUCCACCUCAGGAAGAAAGAGAUCGAGAUGCUCCCAAUCCCCGACUACAUGGACAACCAGGCGGAGAUCCAGUGGUCGAUGCGCUCGGUUUUGAUGGACUGGCUUGUCCAGGUCCACCAGCGCUUCAAUUUACUCCCUGAGACUCUGUUCCUCACCGUCAAUUACAUUGACCGAUUCUUGUCUCACAAGAUUGUCUCCCUUGGCAAAUUACAGUUGGUGGGUGCAACUGCCAUCUUCAUCGCUGCCAAAUUCGAGGAAAUCACAGCUCCAUCCGUGCAGGAAAUCGUGUACAUGGUUGAUGGCGGCUACACUGUGGAUGAAAUUUUGAAAGCUGAACGGUUCAUGCUAACCAUCCUUGACUUUGAUCUGGGAUGGCCGGGUCCCAUGAGUUUUUUGCGACGCAUCAGUAAGGCCGACGAGUAUGAUUUGGAGACACGUACCGUUGCCAAAUACUUCCUCGAGUUGGCCAUCAUGGAUGAACGUUUUGUUUGCACUCCCCCAAGCUUUGUUGCUGCAGGCGCCCAUUGUCUGGCUCGCCUGCUCCUCAACAAGGGCAACUGGACCCCGGCUCAUGCCUACUACAGCGGAUACCUGUAUGCCCAAUUGGUUCCAGUCCUUGAGACCAUGAUGGAUUGCUGUGAAAACCCGCGCCGUCACCAUGCUGCCAUCUUCGAGAAAUACGCCGAUCGUCGCUUCAAGCGUGCGUCCAUCUUCGUCGAGAACGAGCUGGCAACCGACUUCGCCCUGCCAAAGAUUGCUAGUCUUCGGAACCCCGAUCGCUUGGAUGGACUGGCGAACUAUUAA